UUCUCUUUCUCCAAUGUUUUCAAACCGAUGAGCAUGCUGUGUGGCUCCUAGCCUCCUACUCAUCACUGCAACUGUAACAGUAACAGCAGAGAUAUCGCCACUCAAGAGGAGUGCCAUCGCCGACAUCUGCACACACAGUCACACACACACCAACGUUGGAUGAACAUCGGCUUAUUCUUCUCAAACGUACGCUGGGGAGGUAGAGAGAGAGAGAGUGUCCACCUGCGCUUAUCUCAUACACAACAGGGCUAAGAACUCCAGCAACCACCAGUGAUCUUAGAGGAGUCCUUGGAUUACUGAAGCUUGACUGACCAUUCUAACAAAACCAAAAGGCAAAGCAACAGGGGACUAGAUGCAUGGUAGAGAAUCUCGUGGCUCACUACCCAGAUUGGAUGUUCUCUAGUGGCUAGCUGAUGGAACCAUGAAGACCAGACUAGCCUGCCUGUCCAAUAAGUCAGACUCCUACACCGACUUCACUGAGUUCCUGCCUCCUGCCCAAGACAGGACCACCAGAUGCCUAAAGCUGACAAAAGACGAGGUCAUUCGAUGGGCAGAUUCCUUCGAUGUUCUUCUAUCGCACAAGUAUGGCCUGGCUGCCUUCCGGGCUUUUCUCAAGACGGAGUUCAGCGACGAGAACAUUGAGUUCUGGAUGGCCUGCGAGGAAUAUAAAAAAAUCAAGACUCCCGCUAAACUGGUGACCAAAGCCAACAAGAUCUACAAUGAGUUUAUCGAUGUCAAGGCUCCCAGAGAGGUAAACAUAGACUUCCGUACACGGGAGGUGACGAGACAGAGCCUUGAGGAGCCCACUCCUUCCAGUCUGAACGAGGUCCAGGCCAGAGUCCACAGCCUCAUGGAGAAAGACUCUUACCCACGCUUCCUCCGCUCCAAGAUCUACCAGGACUUACUCAAAACGCAGUACACACCCUGCCAACGGAACUCUGUCUGAAGAACACACACGUGCAGCCGCAGAUACAUAUACGCACACUUAAGUGAUAAUGCCGUGAAGCCAGUGUUUGGAGGAUAUAUUGGCACGGGUGUUGCUAGGCCAGAGACAAAGUCGAGGGUCGGCAAACCGUGCCAAUAUAUCCCCUAACAUCAGCUUCUUGGGCAUAGUCACUUUUAUACAACGGGUUAGCAACAUAUUCAAAUAAUGAUUGACGUAUUUUCAUUAAAAACAUUCAUUCGAUAAAUGUAUUCAUACUAUUUCAUCCUUCCACAAUAUAUUGUCCCAAAUCUAGGAUUGCUACCCAAGCUGGCUGGUUGUUCAUUCUAUCGGUUCGGUUUGCCAGUCAUUCAGAUUUUUUGUUCUGUAUCUAUGGAGGCGACACAGUCGUUCCUUCUAAAUAUUCCAUUGCCAUACUGGCGAGCAACGUUCUUAUCCCUUGCUUGCUAGCUAGCAAACUACGGCUAACUUACAGUCACAUCAAAAAAGUGCAGCCAGAACAACAGCAAGCAUUUGCAUUUGUUUAAGCUGUUUUCUAGUGACAUUAAUGAGCUAGUAAGGCGCAAUUUCGCCUGGCAUAUAACAUCUGCUCACUCGUCAGGAUACAGUCGUUGAGAGGAGCUAGCCAACAAUACAGCUAAUGCAAUCACUUCAAACUGAAGCUGGAAAGACUGCAAACUAGCUGCACUUCAUUUUGUUUUACCUUGUUUCAAUUGAUAUGUCUUUGUAUAUAUCCAUAAAAAUUAUGCCAGCUGAUUCAUGAUUUCGACUGGCUGAGAAACGCAGCUUGCCUGUCGGUCUCGUUCCGACUCCCGACACGUUCAUUACUAUGAGACUAUUGAAUAUUGAAACAAUGUUGUAAAUGUCAGAGAGACAUGCUGCAAGGUUUAUACAAAUCUCCUCUGUUGAAAAUGAAAUGUUCAGUCUAAAAUAAAUGUGAGAUAAUAUCUA